AUGCCACAUAAUCAAUUAUCGAAUUCUGUGUGCAACAUGUUCCAACAUUUCAAGCAGAUCUAUGCUGGGCUGGGAGUUAGUUCUCUGAUGGUUACAUUGGCCAUCCUGCUGCUCCUUCAGCCCGUGGAUGCACGCUGGACCCGCAGACCCAGGCGCACCACCACGCCAAGGAGCACCACCAGCAGAACCACCGCCAAUCCGGAUCGCCACCAGCAUGUGCACCACUGGCCACCACUGGUGGCACCACCACCACAGCCUCAACCACAGCCACCAGUGGUUGUGGUGCAGAAACCCAGUCACACGGAGACCAGUCCCCGUCUCGUCGAUAGCUUCGAUCAGAGAUCACUGGACGGGCAGUACGAGUUCAGAUAUCAGCUGGAUAAUGGCAACACGCGAUAUGAGCGCGCCUACUGGCUGCCCGUGGGCAAGGAUCUCGUUCUGGCCAAGAAGGGAUACUAUUCGGUGCCACUGCCAAACGACAAGUAUUCCACGGUGUUCUACACCGCCGAUCAUCGUGGCUACCAUGUGGACAUGCAGACAUUAUCCGUAGAGCAGCCGCUGUUGCCGCGCAGCUUGGAAGUGCCCGGAGUGGAAAGGGAUGUGGGAUCGGGAAUGGGAAUGGGCACCGGAAUAGCCACGGGUACGGGGACUAAGCGAAAUUCAAUAAGCGACCCGGAGCGUAACGAGCUGCCUGUGGAAGUGGAAGUGGAUGAGGAUGAGGAUGUAGAUGUGGAUGUGGACGCAAGUGAAGCUGGCACCGAGCUGGUUCCUAAUGCUGUAAACCAAGUCGAAACCGAAACCGAACCAUCAACUUUGGCCAACGACAUUUUGGCAACUGGAGCACCAGCCGACAGCCAUGAUGAUGAUCACGAUGACGAUGGCGAUGGCGAUGAGGAUGGGGAUGACGAUGUUGAUGAUGAUGAAGGCGCCUCAAACUGAAAGCCCGAACAUUAGAGGACAUUUCGACAUACAGAGGAUGGAGAUUGAGACUGGCAGGGGAACUGGCACACACUUGGCUGCCUCGCAGCUCGCUCUACUUGCUGCAAAUCAAAUUGAAAACAAUUGUUGCAGUCACCAGUCCGACACAGUUGAGUUGGCCAGUAGUCACCAUAUCC